ACACCAUUUAUUGAAAUUUUGUCAUUCCAAAAUUGAUAUCUAUGGAAUAAUGCAAAGGCUUUUCUACAGGAAAAGUUCAGCUGAGUGCUCCAUAACAUCACUCCUUCUCUUUGGGCUUAAAAUAUCAAACAGGGGAUACACAUGGACAACACACAAUUUUAAAAAUGUUCAAAACAGGUCAAAGACCUAAUGAUUAAUAGUGUGUUGGGGAAGGAUUUCUGCAAUCUUCUAUGGUUGCCCUGGCUGUGGUUGACAAAACUAAGGGCACCUUACUCUGCAUCCACACAGGGGUUUACAACACUGUAAUGUAUGUGCAUUAACAUCACACUUUCAGUGUCACACCAUCUAGACAAGCCCUUAAUAAAGGAAAUUGAGGGUGGGAAAGCCUCUGUUAAUUCCUUUAAUUUAAAAUGUUUUAACUGGUUUUCCAUGACACCUACACAAAUAGAGGCAGCAGACAUUCACACAUAAAUACAUCUUAUGGUGAAGGAGCAGCAUUAGCCAUACAAUCAGUAUCAGAGUUGUCAAGCUAUGAAUAAUAAUGGUUCAUUUGACAUUCGAGUCUGCAUUAUAGUCUGUCCUCAGUGUUAAGAAAAUAUAUGUUUUUUCUGUGGGAUAACUAUUUGCUAUCCCCCUGUAAAAACAUGUGGAGACAAGGCACUUUAGUUUCACCAAAUGGCAACCAAUGUAAUAGAGUAACAGAAUAAUUCAUUUUAAAAAAAUCCUUGAUUUUGGCAGUACAGAACAGUACACUUGUCAGAAUGAAGAACAUCACUGAAAUGUAUCAUAACAAAAUAUGUAACAUACAUAAAAGGCUAUGAAAUUAAAAUAUGCAAUUAGUAUAAACAAUUCAGUCGAAAAAAAUCAGCAUGUAUGUAUGCUACAAAUGAAGUGACAGAAGAGUAAAGUGUGCUCUUUAGUGUUUGCAGGAUGAGGAAUUACUUGCAGAAAUAAGGAUUUAAAUAAGUUUUCACUUACAAAGGGCAAUGGAACCAUGUUACUGGAAAUCAAAAAUGAUACUGAAUGUUAUAGGAACGAACAACCACUUUAAAUAUAUGGAUUCUUUGGGAGAGGUAACAGCGAAAGUAUGAAGCUAGUGUGCCCUAAAGACUCAGGAACAGAAAGGGAAAUUUAAAAAACCCAGAUGUAUUUAUUUAUGUAUUUUAAUUUCAGAACUUUUGGGUAUACAACUCAAGAUUUUUGAAUACUUGUGGUUGUCAAUCUAUCUUGGGGGUGUAUAUCUGUAUUUAGUUAAAAAAAAAAGUAGAAAUUUGCCUUUGAGAAGGAUUUCACAAAAGAUAGCGCUGUGCCCUUAAGGCCAGGUUUUUAAAGGUACCGAGGCAACUAGGGGGAUUUUCAAAAGCAUCAAGGUGCUUUCAACCUUUACAAAUCUGGCCUGUAGUGACUAUUUGGGAACCAAGUUCUACACCCAAGUGGUGACGUGAAAAAAGCAAAAGGGUGCUGGCUAGAGAAGCAAAAUAACCAUUGACAAAGGCAAUCACUAUUGGUGAAUCACAAGAAACUAAGUUUUGACACCAAAUCAGGAAAUCAGUCAUCCUUAAUGUCACAUGACACCAUAGAAUAAAUUUGUACAUCAAAUAUGAAAAAAAAAAAAUUAGAAUUAAAAACUAACAUAUCCCAAUACAAACAGGAAGCGGUACUAGAAACACUGUGAGCUGUGAUUGCUGAAGCUACUAGCAACUAUUAAUAUUUUCCAUGAUUAUUUACUAUGAAAGUAUCAAAUUAAAUAGCACAAUGACAUCCAUCGACACAGCAGUAACCAAAGUAAAUGGUGACGUGCUAAGAGUAAUAACAAUAAUAGUUUAAAAAAGGAAUGAAGCUCCAUUUACAGGGAUUACAAGAAAAAGGCAGCGCAGCUCAGGCCACCAGAACAGCAGCUGACACAAACGUGAGCUGCGACGAGGCGCUAUACAGACGGCCCAUUGAUACGGGACUCGUAUAAACACUGACGGUUUUAAUUUUUGGAGGGGGAAGGCGUCUGUAAAGUGUUUCACUGACUCAAGUCUCCUUUAGCAGCUCAAGACACCCUAGCAGAGGGGCAGGCAGCGCCCCUUUCAGCACAGCCCCGGGCGGGGGCGCGCAGCGGCACCGUCCUGGGGAGGGGGAAGCAGCUGGCUCGCCGCCUCUGGGUCACUUUCACCAGCUCCCCCCCACCACCACCUCCCUGGCGGGGGAUUUCCCCUCUGCCCUCUUCUCAGCCCCGGCUCCUACCCCCAGCCCUGGUUUCCCCGCUCAGCCCCGCUCCACCGGGAGCAGCGUCACUGGGCGGCCUCAGUGCCCGCGCUUUGGAACCUCCCCGCGGCCGGGCCUCCUCACAAAGGGGCUUUGUAUGGGUGCGAUCGCUGCUCCCGCCCCUUAAUGCACCGGACUCAGACCCGACCUCCUGCGCCGCGACCCGCCGCCAGCCCCAGGCAACCCGAUCCGCGAAGCGAGCUACGACCCCUCGACGAGGUCGUGUGCGCAUGCGCCACCAGCCUCUGCGCGGCCUCCUCCCGCCGCGGGCAUGCUCGGCGUUCCCUAGCAACCGGGCAAACAACAGCCGGGCGGGGGAGAGAGCUGGCGAUAGGCCCCGGCGGCCCCCCUGGGCAGCGAGCACCCCUCGCCGCGGGAAAAACUUGAAGCUGGUGGCAAAGGUUGCAGUAACACAGCCACAAGCUCUCCUAGAGAAGGGCACUGUCAGCUCCAGAAGUGGAUCAAGUGAUAAAUAUCUGCUCAGAAGUUAUCCUUACAUUCUUCUCUCUCUACCCCAUCUCCACAGGAAGUAAUUGCCCCCGGAACUGACCUCUGAUUUCUUGACAAAGAGAAUGGGUAAAAAAGUAAAGAAGGAAGUGGAGCCUCCUUCCAAGGAUGUGUUUGACCCUUUAUCAAUUGAAAGCAAAAAAGCAGCAACAGUGGUGCUGAUGCUUAAUUCUCCAGAAGAGGAAGUUUUGGCUAAAGCAUGUGAUGCUAUAUAUAAAUUUGCAUCAAAAGGUGAUGAAAACAAAGUGACACUCCUUGGUCUUGGAGCUGUGGAACCUUUAUUUAAACUAGUCUCACAUGAAGACCCACUUGUGCGCAGAAAUGCCACCAUGGUAUUUGGGAUCAUGGCUUCUAAUAAUGACGUCAGAAAAUUAUUAAGAGAGCUAGAUGUCACACAUUCAGUCAUAGCUCGGCUGGCGCCAGAAGAAGAUAUAGUUGUCCAUGAGUUUGCCAGUCUUUGCCUAGCACAUAUGGCAGUUGAAUAUACCAGUAAAGUGCAAAUAUUUGAGCAAGGUGGACUAGAACCACUUAUCAGAUUGCUGAGUAGCCCUGAUCCUGACGUUAAGAAGAACUCUGUUGAAUGCAUCUAUCACCUCGUACAGGAUUUUCAAAGCCGUGCUGCAGUUCGUGAACUAAAUGCUAUUCCUGCCUUACUGGAACUGCUGAAAUCUGAAUAUCCAGUUAUUCAAUUGUUAGCUCUCAAAACCUUUGGUGUAAUUAGCAAUGACAGAGAAACCAGGAUAAUUCUGAGAGAAAACCAAGGAUUAGAUCAUCUUUUUAAGAUACUGGAAACUAAGGAAUUUAAUGAUCUUCAUGUGGAAGCUCUUGCAGUAGUGGCAAAUUGUCUUGAGGAUGUGGAUACUAUGCAACUAAUUCAGCAGACAGGGGGCCUUAAAAAGCUACUUUCAUUUGCAGAAAUGUCUACCAUUCCUGAUAUUCAGAAGAAUGCAGCAAAGGCAAUUACUAAAGCAGCUUAUGAUCCUGAAAAUAGAAAAAUUUUGCAUGAAGAAGAGAUUGAAAAGUGCCUUGUAACCCUUUUGGGAACUGACAACGAUGGUGCUAAAGCUGCUGCUUCUCAAGAUUCUGCUAUGUGUGAGAGUUUAGCAAGCAAAGAUGCUUUUGGAAUCCAAGGGAUUCCCCAGCUAGUUCAGUUGCUAAGCAGUGAGAAUGAAGAAGUAAAAGAAGGUGCUGCCAUAGCUCUGGCUAAUCUGACAACAGCCAGUCCUAGCAAUGCAAGUGCUGUUGCUGAAGCUGAAGGAAUCGAGCCAUUAAUAAAUGUCCUGAGUGCUAAGAGAGAUGGGACUGUUGCUAAUGCAGCUACAGUACUAACAAAUAUGGCCACGCAAGAGCCAUUACGUUUCAGCAUCCAGAGUCAUGGUGUUAUGAAUGCAAUUGUAGAACCACUACAGUCUACCAACAGCCUGGUACAAAGCAAAGCAGCACUCACUGUGGCUGCCCUUGGUUGUGACGCUGAUGCAAGAACUGAGUUAAGAAAUUCAGGUGGACUUGAACCACUCAUUAAACUGCUACGUUCUAAGAAUGAUGAAGUCAGAAGAAAUGCCUGUUGGGCUGUUACGGUUUGUGCAAGCGAUGAACUAACAACAAUUGAACUUUGCAGGCUAGGUGCUGUAGACAUCCUGGAAGAAAUUAACUUGUCAACAGGGCGCAAAAAUAACUUCAGUGAAAGAGCUCUGGACAAGCUACUUGAUAACAACCUUUCCCAAAAAUACAGCCAGAUGGGGUACUUAUCAUCCAGUAACAUAAUUACUGAUGGGUUCUAUGAUUAUGGUCAGGUAAAGCCUGGAGUGAAACUUUUGUCUUUGGAGGAACUGAGUUUACAAGAACUUAAUGAUCAUCGUGCUAUAAUUUUAGUUAAUGCUAAACUACCAGAUGUUGUAGAGGACAAAUCACAAGAUCAAUAUGAUGGAAGAACCACAUCUUCUUUUUCUUCUAUUAGAAAAAGUAGUAAAGAAAGAGCAAGUAGUGCAGUGGUAUCUCCUGUGGAGGAAAAACAAGAAUCUUCUGGACGAUCUCCCUCUUCGCUCAGCAAAAGCAGCACUAGAGAGAAAGGCUCAAGAAAAGGGAAAGGAAAAAAAGAAGAAGAAAAACCAAAAGAUGAAGAAGAGUUGCAAACAAUGUCUAAAAUCCAGCAGGAAGUAAUUCUUGAAAAGUUACCAUGGCUGCCACCAUUUGACUCCAUUUUACUUGAUUACAUUAUGGAUGCUUCCAAAAUAAUCCUACCAUUAACUACUACCAAAGAACAGGUUGUGGCACUUGCACAGUUUAUUGCAGAUAAGAUGGGUGGCCCAAUUGAAAGAGACAAAUUACAUGAAUUCAGCUGGGAACUUCAUAUAAGUGAAAUUGAAUUUGAACUGAAAUGCAAUGUCAUACCUAUUGGGAAAAUCAAAAAAGGGACUUUCUACCACAGGGCUUUGCUUUUCAAGGUUAUAGCAGACAGAAUUGGCAUUGGCUGUAGUUUGGUUCGUGGAGAAUACGGCAGAGCUUGGAAUGAAGUUAAAUUAGUUGACGAUUCUCCUCAAGGAAUAACUGGGCUUUUGCUUCCUCCUCAAGUGUAUAUUUUAGAUCUAAUGUACCAGCCAGGCUGCUUAAUGAAGCAAGGAAGUGCAGAGGCAGAUCACUACCAACAUAUUUAAUUCUAAUGUCAGAUCUCUUUCAAAAAGAAAAUAUCUUUUAAAAAGAUUUCAUUAAUAAAUUUGUAUGAAACAUAAAGAUUUGUGGGCCAAACUUUCAAACUUUGAUGCUGAAAUUAAAGCACCUAUUCCCAUAUUAAAUUGUCUAAAGAGGCACUUCAGUAUCUAAAUAUCCAUUUUAGGUGUCUACUCUAAAUCCUUGUUUGUGAUCCAGAAUGUGAAUUUAAACAUCUCAUUUUAGAUAUCCGAAUUUGACAUCUUAGACAUUUUAUUUAUUUUAUUUGAUGCUGUAUUAUAGAAUAAAAAGUAGAAAUCCAGACUGUCAGUGUUGGUGGGCAUAAUACUUGACUGUGCAUUAUCAUUUCUCCCAGUAAAUGUGUUUAAAGUAUUUAAGGACUUUUCCUUUGGCUCUCUCAUCUUCCAUUGAUGUUAAUGGGAGUACACAAGGUCAGGAGAAUACAAAGCUAAUGAAAUAAUUAGACAUGGUUAAACCAAUUUAUAAUAUAUUUUUUGUUAAAAUAAGCAGAAUACUAGGAAUUGUCUUAGUUUUUGUCUACACCAGCGGUUUUGUCGGCAAAAAUUUGCCGACAUAAGUUUUACUGACAAAAGCUAUGUCAGCGGGAGUGCAUCUCCUGCCGACAUAGCUACUGCCACUCGUUGGGGGUGGUUUAAUUAUGCCUGUGGGAAGCUUGGCUGAUUGUCAACAAAGUACUUCCAUCAAUAACCAGGGUCAUCAGCAUGGUGAAUGCAUGCUGUGGAGAGAUAUGAUGAGAGGUUGUAUUUGUAUUCAUGACUGCUGAUGAAACAGGACACUACCAUUCCUCCCGCACCCUCUGCCCCAACUCUACAGACAUGUGGUGUGAUUUUCUGGUGGGCUGUUUGGUAACAUUUUCUCUUCUUUGGUUGUAAACAGAAACAAAAUGCAAGUCAUUUGAAGUAAAAAAUGAAAAAUACUUUUCUAGACACGUAGCAAACAUAUUUGACAAGUAGACACUAUUUGACAAGUAAACCCUCAGCAAAACAAAAAACUUUGUACACUGCAGACUUUGACAAGAUUUCUGUCAAAAAUGUCAUUUGUGUGCAGUUGUUUUGGAGGUAGAUUUUCUGUCAUGCGUUUAGUUUUAUAUGAACUGAAUUCUGUUGCUUGAAAACUAUAAAUCACCAGGAAGAAAUGCCCCUGGCUAGCAAAAAUUGACAACAAAUCACGUGCAAGUUCGAAGUUGACUCAACAUCAACAGGAUACAUGAAGUUCCAUAGAAGCAUUCAAGGUGAACUUUACAUUGAGCUUUUCCUUUACAGUGUUUAACUAAAUAUAAC